AUGUGCCCUGCACCAGACCCGGUUUCGAACGGUAACGGCACCCCCGAGGAAAUGAUUCCCGUGGACCUUGGUUCCGCGGUCAACGACAACAAGAAGAUGGAUCUCAAGCAUGGUACCAAGAAGGGCUUCUACGCUCGUCCCUCUGACUUCCUGAGCAACACAAGCAACUGGAAGAUCAUCGAGAGCACGCUGCGAGAGGGCGAGCAAUUUGCGAACGCAUGGUUCGACCUCGAGACCAAGAUCAAGAUCGCCAGGGCCCUCGAUGACUUCGGUGUCGACUACAUCGAGCUUACGUCGCCCGCUGCGUCGCCCGAGUCGCGCGCCCACUGCGAGGCGAUCUGCAAGCUCGGCCUGAAGCGCUCGAAGAUUCUCACCCACAUCCGUUGCCACAUGGACGACGCGCGUAUCGCCGUCGAGACUGGUGUUGACGGUGUCGACGUCGUCAUUGGAACCUCGUCGUUCCUCCGUGAGCACUCUCACGGCAAGGACAUGACCUGGAUCACCAAGACCGCUGUUGAGGUCAUCGAGUUUGUCAAGAGCAAGGGUAUCGAGAUCCGUUUCUCGUCCGAGGACUCGUUCCGCUCCGACUUGGUCGACUUGCUCUCCAUCUACCAGACCGUCGACAAGGUCGGCGUCAACCGCGUCGGUGUCGCGGACACUGUUGGUUGCGCCGACCCCCGCCAGGUGUACGAGCUCGUGCGUACCCUCCGCGGCGUCGUGCACUGCGACAUCGAGUGCCACUUCCACAACGACACUGGAUGCGCUAUUGCCAACGCCUACGCUGCCCUCGAGGCCGGCGCCACUCACAUUGACACUUCGGUGCUUGGCAUCGGUGAGCGUAACGGUAUCACUCCCCUCGGCGGCCUUAUUGCCCGCAUGAUGGUCGCCGACCCCGACUACGUCAAGUCCAAGUACAACCUGACCAUGCUUCGUGAGGUCGAGAACCUCGUCGCCGAGGCCGUCGAGGUUCAGGUCCCCUUCAACAACUACAUCACCGGCUUCUGCGCCUUCACCCACAAGGCCGGUAUCCACGCCAAGGCCAUCCUCGCCAACCCGGCCACAUACGAGAUUCUCAACCCCGCCGACUUUGGCAUGAGCCGCUACGUGUCCAUCGGACACCGGCUGACGGGAUGGAACGCCGUCAAGAGCCGCGCUGAGCAGCUCAACCUGGACAUGACGGACGACCAGAUCAAGGACGCCACCGCCAAGAUCAAGGAGCUCGCCGACGUCCGCACCCAGUCCAUGGAGGACGUAGACAUUAUCCUCCGUGUCUACCACAGCGCUAUCCUCGAGGGCAAGCUCAAGAUCGGGCAACCCGAGGUCCUCGACAGACUGCUCGAGGAGCACCACGAGAGCCGUGGCACCAGUCCCACUCGCGUCCCCGACGCCAAGCGCCAGCGCACCGACUAG